AUGUUCGUGUUAAAUCGCCUUGCCACUAUCUUCUUCUUUGUCCUAUCUAUGACCUUCCUCGUCUCGGCACUCCCUACAGUUGUGGCAAACGCCAAAGAUCUAACGGUUCGCAACGACGCCAGUGAUCUGUCUACACUUGUAGUCGCCUUGCAAGCUGAUGUCGAUGUCUGCGUCAAUACCAUUGCUGGAUUGACUGCUUCUGCUGAUAUUUCUGCUCAGAUCGAGAUUCUUGUUGGCAAAAUCAAUACUUGCGCAGCCGCCAUUCUCGCUCUUGGCACCAAUAUUAAUGUCGAUGCCUCAGCUCAAGCUGAUAUUGCUGUUAAAGUUGGCGCUAUUAUCACCGCUAUUGUCCAACUGGGUUUAAGCCUUAGCGCCAAAUUGGAUAUUCUGAUCGUCCUUGGCCUUUUCGCCAAGGUCGAUGUCUGUCUCCAACUUUUGCUCACGAACCUGGGUGUAUGUGUCAGCGGAAUUGUCACUCUUGUUGCGAAGGCUGUUGCCAACAUUGGGGUUGGUGUCUUUGCCAACGUCCACCUUGGUCUCUGCGCCCAGGUUCUGGGACUGAUUAGCCUCUGA